AUGAAGUUCUUCAUCGAGGACCUUCCGGUCCUCUUUCCCUACCCUCGAAUCUAUCCGGAGCAAUAUGCCUACAUGUGCGAUCUCAAGCGCACGUUGGACACAGGAGGCCACUGUGUCUUGGAGAUGCCUUCGGGAACUGGAAAGACAGUAUCUCUGCUUUCGCUCAUUGUCGCCUAUCAGCAACACUAUCCAGAGCAUCGGAAGCUCAUAUACUGCUCUCGAACUAUGUCUGAGAUCGAGAAGGCGCUUGCAGAGCUUGCGGCGCUCAUGAAGUACCGAUCUGAUCAAUUGGGCGUGGUUGAAGACUUCAGAGGCCUGGGACUCACAAGUCGAAAGAACCUCUGUCUGCACCCUUCAGUGAAGCGAGAGAAGAGUGGCGCCGUCGUGGACUCGAGAUGCAGAAGUCUAACAGCAGGCUUCGUGAAGGAGAAAAAGGAGCGUGGUGAAGACGUCGAUCUUUGCAUCUAUCACGACAACCUGGAUUUACUCGAGCCACACAACCUGAUCCCCCCAGGAGUAUGGACGCUUGACGGUAUGUUGAGGUACGGAGAACAGCAAAAGCAAUGCCCUUACUUUACGGCCCGACGAAUGAUGCCGUUUUGUAACGUAAUCAUCUACUCGUAUCAUUAUCUACUGGACCCCAAGAUCGCCGAGCGUGUAUCCAAAGAGCUUUCAAAAGAUUGCAUUGUGGUUUUCGACGAAGCUCAUAAUAUUGACAAUGUCUGCAUUGAGUCUCUGAGCAUAGAUCUCACCGAGGACUCCCUACGAAAGGCAGCGCGAGGCGCCAGUAACUUGGAGAGGAAGAUCACAGAAAUGAAAGACACUGAUGCGGAGAAGCUGCAAAACGAGUAUGCGAAACUAGUGGAGGGCCUACGAGAAGCCGAUGAAGCUCGAGACGAAGGUGCUUUCAUGUCAAAUCCUGCACUCCCGGACGACCUUCUAAAAGAGGCUGUUCCUGGCAACAUUCGACGUGCUGAGCACUUCACCGCAUUCCUGAAGCGCUUCAUCGAAUAUCUCAAAACGCGCAUGAAGGUUCUUCAUGUCAUUUCUGAGACACCUCCAUCAUUCCUCCAACAUCUGAAAGAGCUAACGUUCAUCGAAAAGAAGCCGCUUCGGUUUUGUGCCGAGCGUCUUACUUCUCUCGUGCGAACGCUGGAGCUCACAAACAUCGAGGAUUAUCAGCCAUUGCAGGAGGUGGCUACAUUUGCUACACUCGUCGCUACAUACGACACUGGAUUCUUGCUGAUUCUCGAGCCUUACGAGUCGGACACMGCGACUGUUCCAAAUCCGAUCCUUCACUUCACUUGCCUGGACGCCGCCAUAGCUAUCAAACCCGUUUUUGACCGUUUCAGCUCUGUCAUCAUCACUUCGGGUACCAUUUCCCCCCUCGAGAUGUACCCCAAAAUGCUGGGCUUCACAGCAGUGGUGCAAGAGUCGUAUGCAAUGACUUUGGCGAGAAGAUCCUUUCUUCCAAUGAUCGUCACAAGAGGAUCAGAUCAAGGGCAGAUGUCAUCUGGCUUCCAGACCCGAAGCGACCCCGGAAAUAUUCGGAACUAUGGCAAUCUCAUCAUUGAAUUCUCCAAGUUGACACCAGAUGGAAUUGUUGUAUUCUUCCCUUCGUAUCUGUACAUGGAAAGCGUGAUUUCCAUGUGGCAGAGCAUGGGCAUUCUAGAUCAAGUCUGGAAAAGCAAGCUGAUCUUGGUGGAGACGCCUGAUAGUCAAGAGACUUCUCUUGCGCUUGAAACUUACAGAACAGCCUGCAGCAACGGCAGAGGCGCAGUGCUUUUGUGUGUCGCCCGUGGGAAAGUUUCCGAGGGUAUCGAUUUCGACCAUCAUUACGGACGCACUGUGCUUUGCAUCGGUGUUCCGUUCCAGUAUACUGAAUCCAGAAUUCUCAAAGCACGCUURGAGUUCCUCAGAGAGACAUACCGCAUCCGCGAGAACGACUUUUUAUCCUUCGAUGCCAUGCGGCAUUGUGCCCAAUGUCUCGGUCGCGUUCUCCGAGGCAAAGAUGAUUACGGGGUCAUGGUCAUGGCAGAUAAGAGAUUUGCAAAGAAGCGCAAUCAGCUCCCGAAGUGGAUUGGGAGCGCUAUGAUGGAGAGCGACGCAAACAUGUCGGUCGAUCAAGCGGUUGCAGCAGCCAAAAAGUUUCUGAAAACAAUGGCCAAGCCUUUCCCUGCCCAGCUCCAGGAAGGAAUCAGUACGUGGAGUUAUGAGGACCUCAUGGAGCACCAGGCCAAGCUUGACGCAGAGAAGAGCUACGAGCAGAAAGGUAUGGAUGCCAACGAAAAUGGCUAUGGGGACCAAGUGAUGGCAGAGGSCGAGGCUGAUGAGUAUGAUGCGGGCGUGGACGAUGCUGCCAUGAUGGCUUUAGAUCCAUGA